AUGGUGAUGUUGUUAAACUUGCACGCGAGAUCUUUUAUAACGAUCAAAUUCAACCUUCACCACGCAUGGGAGGAGUUGCGCAACGACAAGAAAUGGUGUGAACUUGCAAGUACUAAGCUUGAUGGUAGCUCUAAAAAGAGAAGGUGUGAGGAUGGUGCACAAUCUGAAAGCUCUCAAGGAACUAUCAAUCUUGAUGAUCCACCCACCAAACGUCAUGUUGGUGUUAAGGCAGCUAAAGGAGGAAGAAGUAAGAGAGGUAUGGAGGAUGACAAGUCUCUCUCCGCGUUUCAUACCAUGUGGUCUCUCAAAGAGAAAGACUUGGCAGGCAAGGAAAAACUGUCUAAGAUGGGUCUGCUAGACAGACUCAUUGCGAAAACAGAGCCAUUAUCUGAAGAAGAAGAAGCUCUAAAGAAGAAGUUAAUCAGGGAAAUGUUGGCUAAUUAG